CGAAAUGAUUUUACGCAGAAAAAUCUACAUCAACGACAUUUACAGUGUCAUCCAAAAUCCUCGUCCACCCCUCCGGGCAUUUCUAUUUAUAGCAUCAGCUGUUGCAAUACAAAGAUUGGCUGCUGAGCGUAUUGUUUCGCAGAUUGUGGGGCAGCUCUGAGCCUGUGGACGUUAAAGGGCGGCGCGGCGGCGGCGGCGGCGGUGCGAAAAACGGCGGAGAUGAGGAGGGACAUGUCGGCGUGAGGACGGCGGUCGUGUCGGCGUCAGGGAGGGAGCUCGUCUCGGUGUGUCUCACCCGCCACCUUCUAGCCUUCUUCCCACCACUGUCGAGGUAGCCAUGGCGACCAGCGCCGUGCCGAGCGACAACCUGCCAACCUACAAGCUGGUGGUGGUGGGGGACGGUGGCGUUGGGAAAAGCGCUCUAACCAUCCAGUUUUUCCAGAAGAUCUUUGUGCCAGACUACGAUCCCACUAUAGAAGACUCGUACCUUAAACACACUGAAAUAGAUGGGCAGUGGGCGAUACUGGACGUACUGGACACAGCAGGCCAGGAGGAGUUUAGCGCGAUGAGGGAGCAGUACAUGCGGACAGGAGAUGGUUUCCUCAUCGUCUUCUCCGUCACAGACAAGGCCAGCUUUGAACAUGUGGACAGAUUUCAUCAACUCAUACUACGGGUCAAAGACAGGGAGGCCUUCCCAAUGGUGCUUGUUGCUAACAAAGUGGACUUGGUUCAUCUAAGGAAGGUAACAUCAGACCAGGGCCAGGAGAUGGCUGCCAAACAUAAUAUCACGUAUAUUGAAACCAGUGCCAAGGAUCCUCCAAUGAAUGUGGACAAAGCCUUUCAUGAACUGGUCCGAGUUAUAAGACAACAAGUCCCAGAGCGAAACCAGAAGAAGAAAAAGAAGAUGAAGUGGAGAGCGGAACGUUCCACUGGUUCCCACAGGUUCCACUGCGCCAUAUUGUGACCGCCCUUCUCCUUGGCAUCAUGCAUCGCAUAAACACACAGACAGACAGAAAAACAUACACACCUUUGGAUGUCAGGGAACUCCCCAGCAGUGUUUAACUACUGGAGCACAAAAGCCAGACGGAGGUAGAUGUGUCACUGAACAGCUUCAUGGAUCCUGAGAGACUGAAGGCUGAACUGACAGGCGUCUCCUCAACCCUUUGAGGUGCAUCGGAAAGCCUGUGUUACCUUCCUCUUCUAACCUUUAGUCUUUUCUUUUUUUCCCCCCACCCUCACUCCUCUUUUUGUAAUGAACACUGAAACAGAACAACUGCAGAGUAACUAACUACGGCACAAGAUUUCAAACGUUUUUGGAGGAGAAUACAGAGAAAGAAAUUGUUUGAGAGAGGAAAGGAAAAGGGAGUAACUGGCUCAAAGUGGCGGCUGUUGUUUUUUUUAAACAAAUAUUAUCUCACUACAACAGCUUUGGGGGGAAAUAAAGCCACAGUUGUUUUGCAGUGGGCUCCUUUUACUGGAGAGUGAAGGUAGGACUGAACGUGGAAGUGGUGAUGGGUAUUUUGGUGGCGUUGCAGCUGAUUUUGGUGUAACACGCGCCAAGAGGUCAUGUUACGGAUUGGUAAUGUCAGGAGAAGUGUGGCAUGGUGGAAGUAAAAAAAAAAAAAAAAAAAAAAAAAUGUGUUGAAUAGACUGUGGCCAUGUCAGCUGUGGAGUAUUUUUUUCUCUUAUGAUCAUUAAAAAAAAAUUAAGAAUUAUGUACUGAGAUCAAGUAAGAGCCAUGUUUACAGAUAUUUCAGGAUUUUAUUUCCCCACUUCAAGAGCCACUUUGUUAUACCUAUUUAAAACAAAUGUGGGUUUGUUCCCUCUUAUGUGCUUGUAAGUGGUGAUCAAUUCUGUAUGAGCAUUACAUUUUGUUUUUCUCAUUCUGAUCAUAUCUUUCCAUCUUUUUUUUUAAUUUUUAUUUUGAAGUGUACAAAUGAUGGAUGUGAUAUACAAAAAUAUGUAAUUAUAUGUGGCAAUGUACACAAAUUCACUGCUGUUUCACAGAAAAUAAAGUCUAUGAAUUUGUUAGUAAAAUAUAAUAGAUGAGGGAGAAAUGAGCAGGCGAUGGGGCUGGAGAAGCUGAUUUGCACUGGCCACAAACCAAAAUAAUGUGAUGUCACUUUAUCUCAAUCCAGGGGCUUUUCCCGCCUCCCCCAUCGACUUCAGGACUACGAUAUUUGAUCAUCAGCGCUCAGUGAAGGUGGAGGAUGAAAUCCUGUAGCUUUAGGAAUCUGUCAGUGCUAGGAAACCUGCCUGAAGAGGCCAGUGUUGCGCUCUUCUGGCUCAAAGCCAUGUCCUACAGUAGCUACAGACCAGAUCGGUGGAACGUUGCAGACUAAUCUAUGAAAAAUGGCUCGUACUGUUAUUGGACUAAAGUUUUGGUAGGCGGCUUCCUCUUUAGGAUGCGCACCAACUCUUGGAGGAAUAUGUUUUUUGCACUUUGAAAAUAAUCUCUGACUUUUUCCUAUUGGCAUGUUGUUUUCUUUUUAAACCUAUAGGUGAGCUGAAAGGCACGGUUAAUAUAAAAUAUAAAUAUGUGUAUAUCUGAAUGUAAAAUGAUGAUGUAAGCAAACAGCUGAUUGGAGUUGUAGCCUCGUGUGCCUGCGUUUGCCUGUUGCCUUGGCCAUGAUUGUAAAACCAAUCAACUAAUUUGAGAUGUAAUCAUUUAAAAUUGUAUUGGAAGCAAAAGUUGCAUUAUUACCCAGUUUUAAAUUAAGGUGCUUAUAUAUGAUGUUUGACUGAAUGACUCACCUGGAAGUGGAACCUCAGCAGAAACGACUCUGCAUUUAUCAGCAGCCACUGCUAAAAGGAACAUUUUCCAGAGAGACUCAAAACAACAACUCACUUUUGAGCAAACAGACUGGAUGGAAGGGGAGCAAAAAUAUAAUGAAUGUGUUAUAAAGGUUAUUGCAUCAUGUGUGUUUGAUACCAUUUUUAUAUUAUUGAUAUGAUUAUUGGAAAGUGUUUUUAAGCAACUGAAUAAUUUAUUUCUGUCUGUUACCUCACUGUGUCCCAGACCUGGACAAAAAAAAAAAAAAAACAAGGUAUAUUUUUUCCUUUUGCCUUUGAGUAUCUGUACUGUAUAUUGUGGACCAAGAUGAAAAUGAAAAGAAACAAAUUUUGGUCCUGAGACGAAAAUAAAUCUCUGCUUUACUGGAA